AUGACUUCUAUUUCUCUGUUCAGCGUUGGAAAAACAAUUCUGGAGAGGCUGACUCCUUUCCUUCAGCCUGAGGCAGCUCUGCAGUGGAACCUUCGAACCGAACUCCAGAAGCUGAAUGGCACCAUGGCCUCCAUUCAGGCCCUUCUGCUCGAUGCAGAGGAGCAGCAGGAGCACAGUCCUCAAGUCAAGGACUGGCUCCAGAAGCUGGAGAUUCUCUUGCUUGACGCAGAGGACCUACUUGAUGAUGUUGCCACUGAGGCUCUGCGGGAGGAAAUGGCCACAGGAAAUCGGGAUUCUGAUGACUGCUUCAACAGGUGCAGGAUCGGAUGUCGGGCUGCGGUAUGCUUCCUUUUAUCUGUUUCAAGCCAAUUGAUAUAUAUAAUGAAGAUGGCUCAUAGAGUUAAGACACUCAGAGAGCAAUUGGAAGCCAUACAUGCUGAUAACACCAAAUUGUCCCUGACUCCUCGCCACGACGAGGAGUCAGGGAAGAUGAGGAAGCAUACCCCCACCAUGUCUUCCAUCCCCGACAUAUUCGUCGGGAGAGAAGAUGAUGUAAGGUAUAUUAAGGAAUUUUUGUUUGCUAAAGAGAGUAGCACUAACGUCGCUGCGGUUUCCAUAGCUGGCAUCGGUGGGAUGGGUAAAACCUCACUUGCUCAGCUUGUCUACAAUGACGAGGAUGUCGUGCAGGAGUUUAACCUGAGAUUGUGGGUAUGUGUGUCAGAGUCUUUUGAGGUUGAUGCGAUUCUCCAAAGGAUUGUGGACACAGCCACAGGACAGAAACAACCAAGUUUUCAACGCCAGAGUCUGUGUAAUUUCGUCGAGGAAUACUUCACAAGGGAGAAGUACCUUCUGGUGCUGGACGAUCUAUGCAACUUGGAGUGUAGAAAAUGGGAUUUUUUGGGAUCUAUACUCGAGGGUGGCGCAAGUGGAAGCAAGAUCUUAAUCACUACCCGGUUUGAGAACUACGCAAUAAUGAUGAGUCGUGGCUCUUUUCGUCCGCCUUAUGUUUUGCACGGUCUAUCCUCCCCACAAUCAUGGUCAUUGCUCAGGCUGGUAGUGUCCGGCGGCGACCAGCAACUGGCAAACGAACCACUAAACACAAUUAACGUGGAAGAGAUUCAAACCGAGGUAAUGAAAAAUUCGGUCGGGGUCCCCUUAGCUGUGAAAACAUUAGCUACCUUACUGUAUUUCAAAUAUCCACAAACCGAGUGGUUGUCCUUUCUUAGGUCUGAUAAACUUUUACCUGCUGACCAUGAGGAUGGCAUUCUGAAGAACUUAAAACUGAACUAUGAUUAUCUUCCCUCACAUUUGAAACGUUGCCUUUUGUUGUGUAGCCUUUUCCCCAAAAACUACAAAAUUGAUGUUCAAGUACUCAUAUAUAAAUGGAUUGCACUGGGGCUUGUUAAAUCAUCACCUAAUGGUUCCGAACAAAGUUUAUACAAAUUGGGUCUCGAGUAUUUUAUGGAUUUGACAUGUAGAUCUUUUUUUCAAGAAAUAAAACGAGAUUUGCUCGGCAACAUAGAUACUUGUAAAAUGCAUGAUUUAGUCCACGACCUUGCUGUCUCAAUAGCUGGUUCAACUUACACCCAAUUAAAUGAUCCCGAAAAUGAAAUCACCGGAGAUACUUGCUACAUCUCACUGAACCAUGACUUGUGGAGUCCCUCGGAAGUUGCUUCUCGGUUGGCUAAAGCCAAACGCUUGCGAGUGUUUAGUGUCCAGCCCGAGAAGUCUACAAAAUGGUAUCAAUGGGGAACAACCUGGGAUGAGUCGAGUUUCGAAACUUUAGUUUCGAAUUUUGCAAGUCUGCGCGUCCUUGAAUUUAGAAACUCCGGAGUGGAGAUGCUGUCGCAUCAGCUUGGAGAACUAGAACAUCUUAGGUUUUUGGAUCUCUCGUUCAACGAUAAAAUAGUCAGGUUGCCAGACUCUAUCACCAUGCUUCGAAACUUAGAGGUGCUAGACCUUUUUAAGUGUGAAAGGUUCCUAGAGCUCCCUAAGGAUUUAAACAAACUUGAGAAUCUGUCGAUCCUUAACUGUGGAUACUGUCUCGCCUUGACCCACAUGCCAGCGGGGCUGGGUGAACUGACUCGCCUUGAAUCAUUACCAUGUUUUGUGGUGGGAAAGGAUAGUUCCGUUCUUGAUCAUAUCGGUGGCUUGGAUGAGCUAAAAAACCUGAACAACUUGAGAGGUACACUCCAGAUUGAGAAUCUGGCACGUCUUCGUGUUCGUGGCACUACAACUGCAUUGUCACCACCGUUAAUGGCAUUCAUAAUCGGCGGGGGAGCUCAUCUGAAAGGGAAGAUCCAUCUUCAAACUCUGUCACUGCGGUGGGAUGAUGGGAGACAUGGGAAAGGAAUACGAGAACAGAUACAAUUUUUAAAGGGAUCUGAAGAAGAAGAUGUUCACUUCGAUGAGAACUUGCUAGAAAGCCUUCGACCUCACUCCGGUUUGAACUCAUUUUACGUGACUGGGCACAAAGGAAGGAAAUUACCUAGUUGGAUUUGUUCUCUCACUCAGCUGGUUAAUCUUCAUCUGGGUUGGUGCAACGUGCAGCAUGAUUUGCACCACCUGCAAGGACUGCCGAGCCUCUAA